AACUGGCUCCCAUUGAGAAACAAUGGAAAGCUUGAGCUUAGAAAUUUCAACAAAUUCGAGUGCCAGCAAAACCUUAAAGAACACAGAAAGCUUUCUGGACUACAGUGAUCUUCUCCAUUCACCUCAAAGCAACAUUCGCCAGAGCCACCAUCUCAAACCAAAGCCAAACAUGAGCUGUCGACGCAAGCGUGAGUUCAUCUCAGAUAACAAUAAGGAUGAAUCCUACUGGGAGAAGCGACGCAAGAACAAUGAGGCUGCCAAGCGUUCCCGGGAGAAACGGCGCUAUAAUGACAUCAUCCUAGAGAACAGAGUUAUGGUGCUGAACGAUGAAAAUGUACGUCUGAAAACUGAGCUUUUACAACUUAAGCUCAGGUUUGGUAUGAUAAGUACAGCCUCCUACAUGGAAAAGAGUCAGCAGAUUGGUGGAGCAGUCAAUGGAAGUCCUGGGGGAAACUCCACAUCCUCCUCUACCACAAGUCGUUUCUACCCUAAUGGUUACUCAAGUGUUUCUCAGAUGAUGAUAAACUCUGAUUCUUCUGAAACUGACCAGUCUGUUCGAGGAGACAGGCAUGUGAAAAUGGCAAAAUACUCCCCACGAGGUUCCCUCUCCGAUAUGUCCGAUGGCUCCUCUCGGGACAGCCCAGAGCCACUUGUGUAUGACAUCAAGCAGGAGGGGAUGGGUCUAGAUAUGGACAUUGUCAACAGCACUACCACACAGAUCAUGCUAAACAUUCAUUCUAGGUUGCCCGCAGUACUUCACCAGCACACUUUUGAGCCAGGUUAUUCAGCCAACCAACCGAAGCAACGGCGCCAAGAGACCAUUGCAAGUCCAGUUGCUCCACAAUCCGCUCAAAGAAGUGUUAUCCUAUACCGUUCAAGCUGUGCCUCGUAUCCUGUGGAAACUCAGGAAAUGAUUCCUAAAGAACAGCAGAACCUCACACAGCCUACUGAGGGACCAACCGGAAGUCCCAAAAGCUUGGCAGUGGUGUCUAAACGGCUAGAGAGAAAGACUUUGGACUCUCCUCCUUACGAGUACCCAGAUUGGGAAGCAGCCGAAAGGCAAGCUUACAUUGCUCAACGACAGACCCCCAGGGCUGAUGCUGCUGCCCUAGAUCUUCUAAUGAGACCAGAGGAAGGAGAUGAAGCACAGAUGUACCAGUGUUCUAAUGGAACCUUAGAGAAUGACGAGCCACCAGUGCUGGCCUACGAAGGAGGCUUGAGACAAGAAGAGUACUACGAGAGUCACUCUGGAAAGGACACUUCCUCAAGUGACGGGGAUCCCCGCAGCUCUGAUAAAGAGGGCUCCACCGAUGAUGAGUCUCCCUCUUCUUCUUGCUCUGAUACAGGGAGCAACCAUCCUUAUAUAUUCAUGACCCAGAGCUCCUUCUCACCAAGCCAAUGCAAAGACGGCCAAGCGGAAAUCAAAGGCACUGCCCUACCCCACAAAUUGAGACUCAAACACAGAGCUCAGAGCGAUGGGGGAGCAUCGUCUCAAAACUCGCCGACGACGCCACCUGCUAACUUCCAGCCAUUACCUCAGCAUCCUUACCUGGCCUUGUCUCAAUCUGGCGGCCAGUCGAGUCCAGGGUUUCACAAGCAGGACACCUCGACUGGAAGCAUCGAAUGUGGGAAGAAGGAAUCCAGUAUGCGUAACGGUCGUAACAAGAGACAUGACUGAACGGGAAACUGUGGGACUCACUUGGGUCUUGAUAUAAAGCCCAGAGAGACUUUUUAUAAACCCAUAUUGAGGUCCUACCUUGAUCUUGUACCCUUCACCCUGUUCAAAUGCCUAGGGAUAAGAGAAGUGGACAUUGACAGGACUGCUGCAUUGUACCAUAAUGUAUAUACUUACCGUUUGUUGGUUUGGUUUGUUUGACCUCCUCUUAAGGUUACAGCAGCACUUACAACAGAAUGAAAUAUGAUUACAUGCUAUUGAUCGCACUUACCCGUAGUUCUCAUGCUGCAGCAAGAUGUCAAAGUGUGUCAUUCAAUUCAAAAGCAAUACCUACCAUAUGUGAGGCAUUGUAACAGAUUCAUAUUUGUAAAUAGGCAACUUCAAGUGCCCCUAUCUUAGUUUUUGGCCACACCUUAACAGCAGAACAUUUGCAGGUGGCUGUGCAUCAUUUUUAAACAUACCAAGCACCAGAAGAUUAAGGGAACUUUUUCCUUGACCAAAGAAACAUGGCUUUAAGUUCAUACCUCUCUCUGCUCCCUACCUCUAUCUGCUUUUCUAACUAGUGCUCCCCAUCAUUUUCCCCACAUUAAACAGCCUAGCUACCACUCUUCCUUGAUCAGGCACUUGGUUUGUAUGUAUAAAAUGUGAUAUAAAUAUUAUAUAUGAAUAUAUUUUGAGAAGAAAACAAAAAGAUUACAUGAAAAAAUAGCAAGUUCAGUGACUAAUGAAUUUGUCCUUGUCAAAAAUACUGUACAAUAUCAGUGUGUUUGCUGUUUGAGAUGCCACUUGAUAUAAACUCCUUUUUUUUUUUUUUUACAAUUAAAUAUUGUUUUUAGAAACACUCCUUUUAUAGGAAAAUUACAAAAUGCCCCAAAGCCUUUACAGAUACAUUAGCGGGUUGAUGUAAGCUUCAUGUCAUAGAUACUAAAAUGUGUUUUCAUUGUAGUUAUAACUCAUUGUCUGGUCUUGAAACAUUACUUGGCGUUUAACGUAAAAAAAAAAAAAUCCAGAUAAUGUUUAAAACCUUAAACCUAUCCUAAAAGUACAUAUCUAGCUUCCCUUUUCUGUAGCCUCCUCCAUGUUUAUAGUUUUCCUUAUACACCAACUGAUGUAAAAACAUUGAUUUGCUUCAUCAUAACCUGUUACAGAGAGAAC